AUGAUAAUGCGAAACCCUAGCGCCUACCGUCUCAGUUGCAGUUGCUCUUACUUGCAGGAGGAAGCUUUCUCCCCUACCCCAUCCCAAUUCUCUUCACUAGUAGCUGCCACCAUGGGACGCGUUCGCACCAAGACAGUGAAGAAAUCCUCUCGACAGGUGAUUGAGAGGUACUACUCUCGAAUGACCCUCGAUUUCCACACCAACAAGAAGAUCUUGGAGGAAGUAGCUAUCAUCCCAUCGAAGCGUCUCCGCAACAAGAUCGCUGGGUUCUCUACCCAUCUCAUGAAGCGCAUCCAAAGAGGCCCAGUUCGUGGGAUCUCUCUCAAACUCCAGGAGGAAGAACGUGAGAGGCGUAUGGACUUUGUACCCGACGAAUCCGCUAUUAAGAUCGAUAGCAUUGAGGUCGACAAGGAGACUAUCGAUAUGCUCACUGCCCUUGGCAUGGCUGAUCUUCCCGGUGUUGUCAAGCAAGCCGAUACCACUGCCGCUCCGACAUCUGGUUACGGUAGGGGUGGUGGUUAUGGAGGUGGGGCUCCUAGGAAAUUUUAAUUUUCUUAGCUUUAAUGGAUUAGGAGUCAGUCCAAGUGGUGAACUUGGUUCCUUCUUCUUACUUAAAAAUAUGAUUUUUUUUUUUCAAGAUGAAGAAACAAUUUGAUUCCGGCUUUAUGAAUGUCAAGUUUUGCUGAUUAUAAUUUGUUAAUUUCCGUGCUAGUGGAAAAUGCUGUGUUUCUUUUAGGGUAUUUUUGUUCUCUGGCUUUUAUAAGUUUCUUUUGCUGGCUGUGAUGAACUUAUUUAUAAUUAGGGUUUAGGGAGGAAUUGUAAUUAUGAUAUGUGCUGUGUUAAGUAUAAAGGACUGGCAAAUUGUCUUAUUA